GUGGCCUGUGACCAGCUUGCGCAGCAAAACUGAACUCCUGCUGCCUGCAUCAGCAGCAGCUGCAUAAGUAUACCGUAUAGCUCAUGCUGCUCAGGUCCCCAGCCUGAGAAGGAAACCAGCAUUUUGGAGCAGAACUUCUUGAGAAGUGGGGCCGGACGCAAGAAUUGGGAAUGAGGUUUGAAGGGCAGCACGUUUUCUAAGCUGCAAUUGAUCCUUCUUUGCUUACCCACAAUUGUAAGGCCUACACGCAUCCACUUCAUCCAAUAUAAAUCUUUCACCAUUUGAAGCAGUGGGUCAAUUGUGAGGGCCAUGGCGCUUCUUGCGGUGAACCGCUUCGCUUCUUCAAAUGUUCUGCUUCAACAAGCGCUCCCUGCGGAGGCGGCUCACACAGCUGCCACUCAUCGAGUGCGGUGCCUGCCGGUGUCAGUUCUCAGAAUCCCAACACGCCUUGUGCAUAACGGACUAGUAUGUGGAAUUCCAAUGUCUCGCAUUGCUGUUGCAUUUGAACAUCCAAGCAGCAGAAGUAUUCGGAGGAGAACGCUUCGCAGGAGGGUCAUCAGCAUGGCCCUGAAUGACAACCAGGGCAGCUCCGGUGAAGAUAUGCUGCAUGCGGACGAGGAUUUUCGGGAGGCUGCUGUAAUUGAUGCAAGCCGUAUCUUCUACCAUGCCGCUGUUCCCACAAUCUUUCUGAAGAUGGAGGCCAGCGACCUAGUACUACCAAUUGUCGUCAACGGUCAAGCAAGCCAGAUGCUGACACAGGCUCUGAAAAAGGAGACUGGCGCCCGGCCGACCAUGUAUGAGGUCAUCCGCGAGAUGUGCGCUACCACAAAGAUGGAGGUUAAGAUGGUCAGGGUGACGGGACGGGUGGUAGAUACGUACCACGCCCGCAUUUACCUUGCUCAGGCAAACUCGAACGAGAUUGUGAGCGUUGAUGCGAAGCCUUCGGACGCUAUCAACAUCGCCGUCGCCUGCAACGUCAAAAUCUUUGUCAACAAGAACUUAAUGGAGUCUGAUGGCGUCAUCCCCGAGUACAAGACGGUGUGGACAGACCUUGCCGGCCAUGGAUUUGCCCGCCUCUUGCCGGACGCCAGGCUGGAUGUUGCCGACAACCAGCACGAUCCCCUGGCCGAGGAGAUUAUUCUCAUCAAGAACAUGUCGAUUGCGGCCAAUGAGGAGCGCUACGCUGAUGCUGCUCGCUGGAGGGACGAGCUUCAGAAGUUUCGCACCAAGAACAAGUCGAGGCGCCUGCAUCGCCAAGUCUGACUCGGAUGCAACCCGAAAGAAAACGGCAACGAUAGAAAGUACAUAAACGAUGGGGCGGGUGUGUGAAACUGGGGGUUUUGAGUUGGGGUCGCUCAAGUGGGGGACUUGGGCGUAAUCGCCAAGAUUCCGAUGUACAGCUGAAAUGUCGUUUUCUGUAGAGUAGAUGCUUGUAAAUGGCACUGUAAAUGGGCGCACAACCGCUGCCGCAAGCUUAGGUGUGUGGGCAUCAACGUCACUUGUAAGAUAAGUCUGGGGUGAUCAAGCGUCUAGAAAGGGUGUACGUGGGGUUUUCAUGGGUUAUGUUUGGGUCUGGGUUUGGAAACUCUGUGACCAUCUAGGAGCUGCUCGCGAAUAGAAAGUUGAGGAAGGAGGGAGGCCUUGGCCUCCUUCUCUAAGCCUCGUGUGACGGUCGAGCUCAGCUAUAGGCCAACUUUUCAUGGGGAGAUUGCCAAGCCGCGUGCAUUGGGCCUUCGAAGGUCUCCUUGGAACAUCGAGUCAAUAGGCUUCCCACAACGAAGGUUGAACGUCAAGACCAAGUGGGAAUCGACGGUGGUUGAUAGCAGAGUCGUGCAGGUCUGCUAGUCGGCUGCCGCACAAUCUCAGGUAGAUUUCGGUUGUAAUGAACACGUAUGGUCGAAGUAGAAACGGAACAAGAAACACAACGAGCCGUCCAUAUCACUGUAAAUACUGGGUUUGUACAGUCCUUACGUUUUCUUCGCAGACAGUAAAUUUGUCACACCCUUUCAGAAAUCAUGGAACGUUUGAAUGCACUCGUAUCGACCAUUUAACUCUCUGUGAUCGCGCAACAAAAUAUACGGCUCCCAAGUAUCGAC